AUGUUUGGAGGGUCUAGUCCCCAGCCAGCAGCUACUCCUCAAACUUCAGGUUCUAUGUUGGGUGGAUUGUUUGGAGGUUCUAGUCCCCAACCAGCUACAACUACUCCUCAAACAGCACCAACAAUAACCGCUGAGAACAAAAUAUCAACAGCUACACCUGACACCACCCCAGCAGAUAGCACUGCCAAAAUAAAAGAGCCAGGAGACACACACAGUUACGUUGCACAAAGACUCACAAAUUGUCUGAGGCACCUAGACAACCUGAUGCCAAAACUCAACCUCAGGAGUCAGUUCCUUCAAACCUGAUGCUAAGGCUGUUGAAGUAGCCCAAGGCCAAGGGAUUGAGAAACUUCCUGCUUCAGCUCUGGACUGUCAAUCAAAAGAAGCUGAAAUCUCUACAGCAUCAGGGCAACCUGCUAAAACAGAACAGCCCUCGAAAGCAGAACAACCUCCAACGAAUGAUCAGUCCAGUUCUUCUGGAAAACAAAUGGCUGUGGAAGGAGAAGUAAUACAUGAGAAGCCCGGGGUAAUUGUGGGAGAACCUGAAAGUAAGGAAACAGACAAAUCAGGCCCACCAGUGGAAAGUGCCCAGAAGAUUACCCCAGCUGACCAGUUUCCAAAGACUGAAGAGCCAGCCCUCCAAGUUCCUGUUUGGUGGUUUUAUGUCAGGAACUGAUGAUGCUGGAAAGUCUUUUGGAUCCAUGUUUUCAUCUACGCCUACAAUUCCCCAAGCCCUUCCCAUAAUUCCUCAUGCAGAAGCAGGUGGUGGUGUGUUCUCAGGAUUCAAAACAAUAUCUGCAGGCCUGUUUCAGGAGGAGAAGCCAGGUGUAGCAAAGCAAGAACCAUCCACUGCCUCUCUGUUUGGGGCAAAAUUAGGUUACUGGGGGGCCGCCAAUCCUCCCAAACCAUAAGCUCCCCCAGUUGUUACCACUCAGCCCAAAGCUAAUGAUAAGCCAACCAAGGAGAAAAUAGAUCAGAGUUCGGUAGGUCUCCCUGGUGACUUGGCCAAACCCCAGAUUUGCAUCUCCACACUCGAGGUAGAUCCUCCAGCAUCCCUUUCCCAAAAGGAGAAGGAAAGCCUUGUAGAAGAACCCCCCCCCCCCCACCCCCCCUCUGCAGAUCCCACCUCUGGAGUGCAUCUGGACAACCAGUCCAAGAAGGACCUAUUGAGUGCUAAAAGGCCAGUAGAAGCAUAA